AUGGCGCUCUUUGCGCAGGAGGGCGUACCGUCGGAUAUCGCAACAGCGGUGUUGAUCGAGAACCGUUCACCGUACGGAAGGCAUAACGACUAUCUCCCUGUGCUCUACCAGCAUAUGCGCCAGCAGAACCCCACUGCGCGCAUCGCCGCCGGCUUCUUCGCCACAUCUCCUGCUCCACCUGUAUGGCCUGCCCAGGGUUCUGCGAUGCUGCCUGAUGUCGUUGUCGACCCAAGUGCGCCACCUGUCAGCGUCGGUUCGCUGCUAUACGCCAUAUUGACGCUCGCGGAGUCGGACAGUAGGGCGAGACAUCUGUUCGUUGUAGCACACACGCCUCCCACCGACGAUGCCGAUGUGCAUCCGGCCGCGAACCCAGGGAUCAUACCGCAACUGCAAGAUUUGGGGACGAUGCCGCCUCCGCAACGAUGGGCGUAUCUAUACCAGAGGCUGAUCCAGGCCCACACGCGGCUACACCUGCUCAUCCGGCCAGAAGCAAUGGCACCCGCGAUAAUCGAUCUGUUCCACGGAGUCAGGGAAGCACAUAACGACGUGGAGGUCCCUGUUUGGUUCCCGGUCGACCACGCAAACUGCUCGCUUUACCUCUCUGGUCCGCCGGCUACUCCAGGAAACAUGCCCUCGCCUCCGAACACGCUCCAGUCGCCCACACAGGACCAACACUCAUCCGCAGCGAUCCAUUCGGCCGCCCUGAACCCGCCAUCCCUUAUACCGCAUCCAUCGCAGAUGAUCUCUCUCGCAACCCAGGCCUCACUUCCUUCUCAAAAUCACUCGCCACCGAUGCAGCUACAGGGUCCGCCACUAGCGAUGGGAGCGCCCGGGACCGUAUCGGCUCCGCCCAUGCUUCCUAGCGCUGCCCACGCUCACGUGUCAGCUAUCCCUCCGUCUCAGCUCGCAGCUGCCUAUGCGACGGUGUCCGCUGCUCGUUCGCGCCACAACUCCCUCACGCAUCCGCCGCAGCCACCACCGAUGCUCCCGCCCUCGCAGUCUCCCCAGUCCCAGUACAGUAACAUCGGACUGAUUCCUCCCCCGCAAAUUGUACCCUCGAUGCAUCCUCCUGGCACUGGUCACUCACCGCCGCCCACGUCUCAACGUUCUUCGCCUCCAGGGAAUGGCGGCUCACCCUCGCUUGUAUCAUAUCUACAGUCGCGGCACGGUCUAUCGCGCAAGCGUGGGCCUCCCGGUACCGCCGGUAUACCAUUUGUCGCAGAGAACGCCGCUAUAGUAGGCGUGAAUGCGGCUAUAGCUAUGGGCGCUGGUGCCAGAGCGAAAGCGGUAGCCAAGGCGGCGCCCGUGAUUGGUGGCGUGGGCAAGAAGCCGCGCGUCGUCAGUGGCAGCUUCGGGCGCAGUGCGAGCUUGGGGAUGGGCAUGAAAGAGGAGGACGCGCUUGUCAGCCCGCUCGUGGAGAGUCCUAUCGUCGCGAAAGUCGAGGAUCCGGGCAACAGCUUGUUCAUCUUUCCGCCCGAUGAACAAUUGCGCACGGCUCAGGCGCAUGCGCAGGGGCAGGUGUCGAACUUCGCUCCGCCGGGCGCGGGAUUCUCGCCUCCAAUGGUUCAGCAUCAGCAGGCGUCAGUGUCGCCAACUACGCAGCAGUUCCCGUCGCCGGAGCAACGCGUCAAGACUACGCCCGAGAGGAACUACGCGAUGCCGCCGCCACCGGUGCCACAGCGGAGAUCACCGCCGCAAGCUCAUGCUCAGCACCAUCAGAUGCAACCGCAGAUGCAACCGCAGGCGUCACCGGAGAUGCACUUCGCCCCCCCUCCGCAUCCGCCGCCAGCAGCCCCAGCGAGGCGCAGCCCGCCGUCGGAGAACUAUCCGCCAAUGAACCAGGUCUUGCAGCAACAGCAACAGCAACAGCAACAGCAGCAGCAGCAGCAGCAGCAGCAGCAGCAGCAACAGCAGCAGCAUCAACAGCAGCAUCAACAGCAACAAGACCAGUUUUUCCCGCCUCAACAUUCGUCGUUAAGUUAUCAGAAAUACAGCCCCCCGAAACCCCAAGCACAGGCCCAGGCGUAUCCUCUUCAGCAGCAACAGCAGCAACAUCCCAACUACCCACAGGCUCCACCGCCAGCGCAACCACAAUUCGCCGCCAGCUCACCAGAAGAUAUCGUACCCACCAAUGAGGAGACGGUUCCGGCCAGCUCAAGUCAACCCGCGCCGGCCGACACGCCGCUCAUGGGCCCUGGCCAGGGAUUCGCAAGUCCGCAAGACUUCAUGAGCGCCCAAGCUUACGCGAACGUCGGGAAUUACGGUGUCAAUGGGUUCUCCAGCGCAUCGCCGACCUAUGAUUCAUUCGGGACCCAGGCGAACGGUAUGCCAACGCCUCAGGCUCCGCCGACUCAGCCCAAUGCAGUCUUGGGCGGCUUCGUUGCUCCUCCUCCACCGCAACCUACAACGACGCAACCCGCGAGUGGAUAUGCGGUGCAGCAUGCUCCUCAGCAGGCCAGUAGGAGCAGGUAUGCGACGCCGCCGAAAGGGUACCGUACACCUCCAAACGGCUUCGCUGUUCCGCCUGGCGGCUUCGUUCCUUCGCAGAGCUACGCGCAGGCACCGCAAGCUGUGAAUGGGCAUCAACCCCAACAGGUGGCGAACAGCCGCGCACAACCUCUCUCUCCGGCUAUGAACCGCGGGAACGUCGAGUAUGCUGCCACUGCGUACGCUGCGAAUGGUGUGCCGAGCUCAUCCUACGCGCCAUCGUCGGCCGACACGGGUGGAUACACCGUAACCUCAGACGGCGCCGGGGCCUUCGCCAUGGAUACGACGUCAUACUCCGCCAAGCCCGCGUUCACUACCACGCCGUACGCGCAGAGCAUGGCAGCGGGCUUUGCGGGUAUGCGAGCGCAUGCGCACCCUCAACCAGCGUAUGCGGACGACGUCGGGCAGGGCUACGGGUAUCCUCCUAUGCCUGUUCCUGUACCUCCACCGGCUUGGGGCGCCGCGGCGGGAUACUAG